AAAGCCUUCAUAUAAUAAUUAAGGGUUUUCAACCCACCUCGGUCCAUCUGUAAGCCCAGACCCAACAAACCUCCACCUAUAAACAAGCAGGCCCACAUAAGUACCAAGCACUUGUAAAAGGUUCAGGUAGAUGGAGGAACAACCAUGCGCAAAGGGAAGACUUUUCACUUAAGUUCAGUGUGCUCGCUCCAUUAACUUACAAUGGCCGAUCAAACGGCAGCGUCCGAUUCCAAUCCCACCUUUGAUCCUUACCAUCGCCUCCAGAUUGCACCCAAUCCGGACGGCACCAUCACACGCUUGGCGGAAUAUCCAAACAGCCCACCCACUUGUGAUUCCAAGCUUCCCACCCCAGUCCUCUCUAAAGACAUCCUCGUCAACCAAUCAAAAAACACCUGGGUUCGAUUGUUCCUACCCCGCCAUCUACUGGAUCAAUCCCCCUCGCCCACUACCAAGCUACCUCUCGUGGUAUUUUACCAUGGUGGAGGCUUCAUAAUACUCGGUGCAGGCGCAACCAUCUUCCAUGAUUUUUGUGUGAAUCUUGCUAUUGACGUGCCCGUGGUCAUUGCAUCCGUCGAGUACAGGCUGGCUCCUGAGCAUCGGCUCCCGGCGGCUUAUGACGAUGCAAUGGAAGCGUUGCACUGGAUCAAAACCGCGCAAGACGUCUGGUUGAAGGACUAUGCUGAUCUGUCAAAUUGUUUCCUCAUGGGAUCCAGUGCUGGAGGUAACAUAGCCUACCACGCAGGACUCCGUGCAGUUGUGGGCGUUGACCAUCUCAAGCCGUUAAAGAUCAAAGGGCUAAUAUUGCAGCAACCAUUCUUUGGUGGGACCCAGAGAAGUGGCUCCGAGUUAAGGAUGGCCAAGGACCCCGUUUUGCCGCAAAGUUGUUGUGAUCUGAUGUGGGACUUGUCAUUGCCUCGUGGGUUUGACCGUGAUCAUGAGUAUUGCAAUCCAACGGUGGGUGGCGGUUCGAAGCACUUGGAUGAAAUAAAGGAGCUUGGAUGGAGAGUUUUGGUAAGUGGCUGUGAUGGGGACCCACUGAUGGACCGUCAGAUUGAGUUGGUGAAGAUGCUAGAGGAAAAGGGUGUGCAAGUGGUGGGUCGUUUUAUCCAAGGCACAUGAAUUGUUUGUGGUUAUUAAAAGUUUUAUAUUCCAGCUCUAAUAAAUUCAAGAAUUCAAGUUGUAACGUGAUGUUUAGAUUUUAUAAGAUUGUAACCUUACUUUUUUAAAAAUUGAGCCAAUUGGUCAAAGACGUUCAAAAUCAGUAUCAACCAUUCAAAAUUUCUCCACCUACCGGACCAUCAAAGACUUUUUAACCCAUUUUAUAUUAAAUUCA